CGGGCAGGAUUGUGGUAAGCGCGAUAAAAAUAGGGCAACGCGAAAGAUCUCGCGUCGUGCUUGAAUGAGAAGUGCCAGAAGUAGCAGUAGUAGGCAGCAUAAGCGACGGUGAAGAACUGUCUUGUUGUGUCUUCGAGUAUCAGUCGUUGCAAGUCAUCAGCACCAUGAAGGUGGCGGCAGUACGGUACUGCCUUGUCGCGUUCGCAUCAGCGUUGUUCGUCAUCCCAGAAGGCCUUGCCGUGAGAGUUGGCCAGUCAGGAGCACAGAGAAAAGCAUCAGUUGCAGACCAACAGGCUGCCGCAUCGUAUUGGGAUGGAGAUUUGGGAAGUGACGUAUUUUCUACAGGACACACCCUUCAUCAGUCCCAUCCACCGGUGGGAUCCAGAUUCAGGGGAAAUGGUGGUAAAAGGACAAGUUUAGGAGGACCACCUUUCAAACAUUUGGAUUAUAAAACAUCAGCAACAGCAGAAUUGAGGAACAACCCAUCUCUAUCAGCACCAGAGGAAUGUGCUAGGGCUUGUAGAGAAGGGGAUCCACCAAGGAUCUGUUAUUAUCAUUUUACACUUGAAUUGUAUACCGUACUUGGAGCUGCUUGCCAAGUUUGUACACCAAAUGCCACGAAUACAGUGUGGUCCAAUUGCCAGUGUGUAUUAGCUGAUGGUGUAGAAAGAGGUAUUCUGACAGCAAAUCGUAUGGUACCAGGUCCAAGCAUACAGGUAUGCGAAGGCGACAAAGUAGUUAUUGAUGUAGAAAACCACAUGGAAGGUAUGGAAGUAACCCUCCAUUGGCACGGAAUUUGGCAGAGAGGAUCUCAAUACUAUGAUGGUGUUCCUUUUGUGACCCAAUGUCCCAUCCAGCAAGGAAAUACCUUCAGAUACCAGUGGGUGGCAGGAAACGCAGGAACCCAUUUCUGGCAUGCGCACACAGGUUUACAAAAAAUGGACGGUCUUUAUGGAAGCAUUGUCGUACGUCAACCACCUAACAAAGACCCCAACAGCCACCUUUACGACUACGAUUUGACCACCCACGUGAUGUUGCUCAGUGACUGGAUGCACGAAGAUGCUGCGGAAAGGUUCCCAGGUAGAUUAGCUGUGAACACUGGUCAAGACCCUGAGAGUUUACUCAUCAACGGCAAGGGUCAAUUCAGAGAUCCAAAUACUGGAUUUAUGACAAAUACUCCAUUGGAAGUUUUCACCAUGACGCCAGGCAACAAAUACAGGUUCAGGAUAAUCAAUUCCUUUGCUUCCGUUUGUCCAGCUCAACUCACGAUUCAAGGACACGAUCUUAUCCUUAUUGCUACAGAUGGUGAACCUGUGCAACCUGUGACUGUGAACACGAUCAUCUCAUUUUCUGGUGAAAGAUACGAUUUCGUCAUACACGCCAAUAGAAAUCCAGGUGCCUACUGGAUCCAAUUGAGAGGUCUAGGAGAAUGCGGUGUUCGUAGAGUACAACAACUUGCCAUCUUGAGAUACGCUAGAGGUCCAUACCAGCCAUCUUCACAACCACCAACCUACGAUUUCGGUAUUCCUCAGGGAGUGGUUCUUAACCCGUUGGAUGCAAGAUGUAACGAGCAAAGAGAUGACGCAAUUUGUGUCAGUCAAUUGAAAAAUGCCAAGAGCAUUGACCCUGGCAUUUUGCAAGAACAUCCAGAUGUCAAGAUUUUCUUACCUUUCCGAUUCUUGCUCUACACCCCAGAAGAACUUUUCAGGCCAAACACUUACAACAGACAUUUAGUUGCACCCAAUGGUGACCACGUCCUCAGUUUGAUUGAUGAAAUAUCAUACAUGGCUGCCCCUGCACCACUGAUCUCUCAGUACGAUGACAUAAACCCUGAACAGUUCUGUAACGGAGACAAUAAACCAGCAAACUGUGAGCAAAACUGCAUGUGUACUCACAAAGUAGACGUUCCACUGAACGCAAUUGUUGAAAUUGUGUUAGUUGACGAAGUUCAACAACCCAAUCUCAGUCAUCCCUUCCAUCUUCACGGUUAUUCCUUUAACGUUAUCGGUAUUGGCCGAUCUCCUGACAGGAACGUCAAGAAAAUCAAUUUGAAGCACGCCCUUGAUCUUGACAGGCAAGGAUUGCUUCACAGACAGUUCAAUCUACCACCAGCUAAAGAUACCAUCGCUGUGCCAAAUAAUGGUUACGUUGUGCUCAGACUUAGGGCAGAUAACCCUGGUUUCUGGCUUUUCCACUGUCACUUCUUAUUCCAUAUCGUUAUUGGAAUGAAUUUAGUCCUUCAAGUUGGCACACAUGCCGAUUUACCGCCCGUACCACAAGGUUUCCCAACCUGCGGAGAUCACUUACCGCCCAUAUCGUUAGACCCGACAAAAGUUAUAUACCUUUAUAGGGAUCCUUCAGUCAUAAACAAAAAUAUUCGUAAUCGUGUUUUGAAUCCACUGGAUGCCAUUUGCAAUAAACCGAGAAAAAAUGCUGUAUGUGUUAGUCAACUGAAAAAUGCCAAAAAAGUAGAUGAAGCUCUUCUUCAGGAGAGGCCAGACGUCAAAAUAUUUUUACCAUUCAAAUUCUUUUUUUAUAGACCAGAAGAAUUGUUUAGGCCGAAUGUUUACGACAAGUAUUUAGCCGUUGUUACUGGCGAUCAUGUUGUUAGUUUAAUAGAUGAGAUAUCUUAUCGAUCUCCUCCUGCACCACCUCUGUCUCAAUUGGAUGACUUGCCUCCAGAACAAUUUUGUAAUGGAGAUAAUAGACCUGAAAAAUGCGAUCAAAACUGCAUGUGUACACAUCAAGUAGAUAUUCCUCUAAAUGCAAUUGUGGAGGUUGUAUUAGUGGACGAAGUUCAAGCACCAAACUUGAGUCAUCCUUUCCAUCUUCACGGAUAUUCGUUUACUGUAGUUGGAAUCGGAAGAUCCCCUGACAAAAAUAUCAAAAAAAUUAAUUUACAACAUGCCUUGGACUUGGAUAGACGAGGUCUGUUAAAUAGACAUUUCAAUCUACCUCCAUACAAAGAUACCAUCGCUGUGCCAAAUAACGGUUACGUGAUAUUGAGGUUUAGAGCUGAUAAUCCAGGAUUCUGGCUCUUCCAUUGUCAUUUUCUAUUUCAUGUUCUCAUUGGAAUGAAUCUGAUAAUCCAUGUUGGGACGCAGUCUGAUCUGCCUCCUGUGCCUGAAGGUUUUCCAAAAUGUGGUCAUUUUACACCACCCAUCAGACUGGAGCAUAAGAACUAUUACGAGAAUCCAUAUCACAAGUAUUUUUAUAAUGUUUUGAAUCCACUAGAUGCCAUAUGCAACAAGCCCAGGAAGGAUGCCAUAUGUGUAAGCCAACUCAGAAAUGCCAAAAAAGUGGAUGAAGGCCUGUUGCAAGAUAGACCAGAUGUGAAAAUCUUUUUGCCCUUCAAGUUUUUGGUAUAUCAAUUGGAUGCGUUAUUCAAACCCCACACCUAUAAGAAAUUCUUAGCUGCUCCUGGAGGUGAUCAUGUUAUAAGUUUGAUCGACGAAAUCUCUUACCGAUCAGCACCAGCCCCACCGCUAUCACAAAUCGAUGAUAUACCAGCAGAACAAUUCUGCAAUGGAGACAACAAGCCAGAAAAUUGCGAACAAAACUGCAUGUGUACUCACAAAGUUGAUUUGCCUCUAAACGCUAUAGUAGAAGUGGUUUUGGUUGACGAAGUUCAAGCUACCAACUUGAGUCAUCCUUUCCAUCUUCAUGGAUACUCGUUUGUUGUUGUUGGGAUUGGAAGAUCUCCCGAUACUAAUAUUAAGAAGAUUAAUCUUAAACAUGCUCUUGAUUUAGAUAGAAGAGGACUUUUACACAGGCAUUUCAAACUACCGCCAUUCAAAGAUACCAUUGCUGUGCCAAAUAAUGGAUACGUCAUUUUGAGGUUCAGAGCAGAUAACCCAGGUUACUGGCUCUUCCAUUGUCAUUUCCUGUUCCACGUAUUGAUAGGAAUGAACCUUAUUCUCCAUGUUGGAUCACAUGCAGAUGUACCUCCAGUGCCAAAAGGCUUCCCUAGAUGCGGGGACUUCACACCUCCAAUUACAACCGAUAACUUCAACCUUCAUCACAACCCUUUCCACUGAAUAUCUUGUGAAUAAGUAUGUUUAAUAACUCUCAGGUGAUGAAAAAUCAGUGAUUCAUAGAAUAUUUAUUUAUAAACUUGUCGCCUACUUAUGUUGGAGGUCUUUAUUUUUGUAAUUGAAUGGUCCAGGUGAUUGGACCAACUAGUCUCACUUAUUAUUUCGAAUUCUUUAGGACAUACCAAAAAUAAAUCAAGUGUGCCUUAAGUUUUUUUUUUGUAUGACGGAAAAUAAAUGUUAUUGUUACU